AUGUGUUUAUCAUCACUGACACCAAACAGUUCAAUUUAUUAUGAAGAUUGUUCAGAGUUAGAUUCGUAUUAUGAAGCAAUACAAAUGAACGUCACUAUAACUGGAUAUUAUAGUUUUCUAAUCAACAGCGAGAUGAAAACCAUGGACGCUUUUAUCUACACGAAUAACUUCAAUCCAUUCGAUGUGUCCAAAAAUGUACUGAGCCAUGGUGAAGACUCUGAUAAUCAAGGUCAAUUUAAAAUCACAGUUGCUCUUCAAACCAAGAUAAUAUAUGCUGUCGUUAUAACAACAUCUUCUCGAAGUUUAACAGGGAACUUUUCAAUUCAAGCAUUCGGCCCAAGUUACAUCAAUUUCAGUCGUAUUUUGAAUACUCCAUCAGCUGUGCAAACAGUUUAUGCAUCAAAACUGACAGCAAACAGUCCAACAUAUUUUCCUCGGUGUUCAUGGUUAAGUUCUUACUAUAAAGCGAUACUAGUGAAUGUUCGUAGAACUGGUCUUUACACUUUCUUCAGCAAAAGUAAUAUGGACGCAUACGCCUCUAUUUACAAAAACUAUUUCAAUCCAUUCAAUUCAUUUGAAAAUCAACUCUUGUACAAUGAUAAAAGCUGCAAACCACGUCAGUUUAGAUUCACAAUUGCUCUUCAGACUACUAGUACAUAUAUAUUGAUUGUGGCAACAUCUCAAGGUUAUACGACAGGAGCAUUUUCAAUCUUUGUAUCCGGUCCAAAUAAUGUUGAUCUCAAGAAUAUUAGUUCUUCAUCAGUUACACGACUACCAUAUUCAUUAGCUGUAGAAUCCAAAUAUUUAUCAAAAUUGACUACGAAUAAUCAAACAUAUUCUCGAGAUUGUCAAAAAUCAGACUAUUAUUAUGAAACUAUACGAAUGAACGUAGUGGAAACUGGAUGCUAUAUGCUCUGA